GGUAAUAAAGAAUGCUGAUGGGAGGAGAACUCUUUCCCUAGUUUACAGAUUGUCCAGGUGGUUGCUAUGAUGGAUGAUCAGCAAGCUUUGAACUCAAUCAUGCAAGAUCUGGCUGUCCUUCAUAAGGCCAGUCGACCAGCAGUAUCCUUACAGGAAGCCAGAAAAACAAAAUCUUUAUCACCAAAACAGAAUGAUGUUCGAGUAAAAUUUGAACAUAGAGGAGAAAAACGAAUUCUUCAGUUCCCCAGACCAGUUAAAUUGGAAGAUCUGACGUCCAAAGCUAAAAUUGCCUUUGGGCAAUAUACGGAUCUACAUUAUACCAACAAUGAGUUAGUAAUUCCAUUAACUACUCAAGAUGACUUGGACAAAGCUGUGGAACUGCUUGAUCGUAGUAUUCAUAUGAAGAGCCUAAAGAUAUUACUUGUAGGAAAUGGAAGUACACAGGCUACUCAUUUAGAACCACUGCCAUCACUAGAAAAUUUAGCUAACACAGUAUUUGGAGCAGAAAGGAAAAAACAGCUUUCUGUGAUAGGCCAUACAAGUAGAGAAAGAAGUUCCCCUCCCCCAGGAUACAUUCCAGAUGAAUUGCAUCAGGUUGCUCGGAAUGGCUCAUUCACUAGUAUCAACAGCGAAGGAGAGUUCAUUCCGGAGAGCAUGGACCAAAUGCUGGAUCCAUUAUCUUUGAGCAGUCCUGAAAAUUCUGGCUCAGGAAGCUGUCCAUCACUUGAUAGUCCUUUGGAUGGAGAAACCUAUCCAAAAUCACGAAUGCCUAGGGCACAAAGCUACCCAGAUAAUCAUCAGGAAUUUUCAGACUAUGACAACCCUAUCUUUGAGAAAUUUGGAAAAGGAGGUACAUAUCCAAGGAGGUAUCAUGUUUCAUAUCACCAUCAAGACUAUAAUGAUGGUCGUAAGACUUUUCCAAGAGCUAGAAGGACUCAGGGGACCAACUUCCGAUCGCCUGUGAGUUUUAGCCCUACUGAACAUUCCUUAAGCACUAGUAGUGGAAGCAGCAUCUUUACCUCAGACUACGAUGACAGUCGAAUCAGAAGAAGGGGAAGUGACAUAGACAAUCCUACUUUGACUGUGAUGGACAUCAGCCCACCUAGUCGCUCACCUCGUGCUCCAACCAACUGGAGAUUGGGCAAACUGCUGGGCCAAGGAGCCUUUGGCAGGGUCUACCUCUGUUAUGACGUUGACACAGGAAGAGAAUUAGCUGUUAAACAAGUCCAGUUUGAUCCUGAUAGCCCAGAGACCAGCAAGGAAGUGAAUGCACUUGAGUGUGAAAUUCAGUUGUUGAAAAACUUGCUACAUGAGCGAAUUGUUCAAUAUUAUGGCUGCUUAAGGGAUCCCCAGGAAAAAACACUUUCUAUAUUUAUGGAAUAUAUGCCAGGGGGUUCAAUUAAGGACCAAUUAAAAGCGUAUGGAGCUCUUACUGAGAAUGUGACCAGGAAAUAUACCCGCCAGAUUCUAGAAGGUGUCCAUUACUUGCACAGUAACAUGAUUGUUCAUAGAGAUAUCAAAGGUGCAAAUAUUCUGCGAGAUUCAGCAGGCAAUGUCAAGUUAGGAGAUUUUGGGGCCAGCAAACGUCUUCAGACCAUCUGUCUCUCAGGGACAGGAAUGAAGUCUGUUACAGGCACACCAUAUUGGAUGAGCCCUGAAGUCAUCAGUGGAGAAGGCUAUGGCAGAAAAGCAGAUAUCUGGAGUGUAGGCUGCACUGUGGUAGAAAUGCUAACUGAAAAACCUCCGUGGGCUGAAUUUGAAGCUAUGGCUGCCAUCUUUAAAAUUGCUACCCAGCCAACAAACCCAAAGCUUCCACCCCAUGUCUCAGACUAUACUCGAGAUUUCCUCAAACAAAUUUUUGUGGAGGCUAAACUGAGACCCUCAGCUGAUGAACUCUUGAGACACAUAUUUGCACAUUAUCACUAGCAGCCAAUAACCUUUCUUGUGCCUCUCCCUAGCUACUUAUUGAUUCAUUCACCUUCUCUCUGAUUGCACUUUUCUUUUUUAUAAAAAAAAGAGAGAUGGGGAAGAAAAAACAUAAGAGAGACAUUAUUUCUCUUGGUUCAUGCUUCAGUUGUUUCAUAAUAAUAGUAAUUAAAUUUUUUUAUAGUCUUUUUCCCCCCCCAUAAGAACUUGAAACUUUUUAAAAAAAAUAAUGUACUGGUACGGUUCAGAGGCCUAAAGCACUUUAGUAUAUAGUUACUCUUUUUAAUGAAAGCAAAUAAUUUGGUAUACCUAAAUAUUAUAGAGUCUUUCCCUGUAUCAUUGACAUAUCUGUGGUAAUGGGAGAGAAAUGGAAAACAAAAAAUAAUUAUGUAUAAUUUUUAACUUCCAGUGUUGAUAUUUAAUAUAGUUCCUCAAUUUGGGGGGUUAAAUCCUAAACUUGUAUUUAUGGUAGGUAUUCAAAGAAUAUAGAUUCUUAUGUGUGUAUUUAUGUUCUAGCCUUUGUCUACCAAGCUUUUCACUCAUUGGGAAUAUUGAGAGUAAAUAUGAAUGUCCAAAAGGUACUUUAAUUGUUUAUGGUAACCUAUAUAAUAAGCAAAUAAACUAUACUAAAUCCAUGUUACUGAAAUCUGUAAACCUUGAGGAAAGAUUUUCGGCUUUAAAAAAAGAAGAGGAAAACCUGCUGUUUUAUUUCAGAGCAGUUAUUAGAAAUCAAUAGAGCAAAGUGAAAAAAAGAGAUUGCUCUUAUUAAAUGUUGUGAACAAUAGAAGAAACCACAUUUGCCAGUUGAUAGAAAUAGAAAAAAACUGAAUUUUAUAGUUUUUAAACUAUGUUCUUUGAGAGGGCAGGAAAUUCAGAAAUUAAGGGAAAGGAGACAUAAUCAGAAUUAUGAGGACUAGCUUCUCUGUUGUGCUCUG